UACAAUUAAUAGGCCCUGGGCCUACAGAAUAGGGCUCCAUAGUAAUCAUCAUGGAGGGUUGGGUGAUUGCAGUUGUUGUAAUUCUGGCAUUACUAAUGCUAGGAAUAUCAGGAUUGGUUGGAUAUCUACUCUAUCGACCAAGACACAGGAGAAAACAGCCAAAAAAGGGCUCCAUGACUCCAGAUGAAAAAGUUGCGACAAAAUAUCCUGAACCACCAGAGAACGGAGAUGUUAAACUUACCAUGCCGGAGGAUGGAAACGGGACAAUAUUACCACCGUACUCUCCAGCUAAAAAAGAUUCUAUAGAUGACAAACCGAAUGAUAUAAAGGUCAAUAUCGAAUCCGACAGUGAUAAGGAUGAGCCUGAAAAGAACGGUUUGUUAAAAGAAGUAAAGGUGGAGCCACGAGAACGUGCAGUUGAUGUUGGUCAACUUGAACAGAAAGCCCCAGAAGGUCCUGACGAGUCAUCAUCAUCGUCAUCAGAUGAUGACAAAGAAAGUAAGAAGGAUGAAAAAGGCUCAGACAAAAAAUCAUCCGGAGAAUCGACGUCGUCUUCGGAUUCUGAUGGUGACAAUGUACAACCCGUGGCGGUGCUUGGAGACAAGCCUGAUUCCGAGCAAGAAGAAAAGAGGGCAAAAAUGCCCGGCGCCUCCUCCUCUUCUUCUUCGUCGAGCUCUAGCGAUGAAGACACAGUCGAACCAAUGCCACCGUUACAGCCUCGUAUUAUUCGUGACGAGCAACCGAAAGAAUCUGAUGAUUCAGAUCUUGUGUCUGAUGUUUUGGCAGCAGUGGAUCAACCGAAGGAGCAGAAAGAACAAAGUUCCUCGUCAAGUUCAUCAGGAGAAGACAAAAAGGACACCAACGCACUUAUAGUGCCGGUAGCAGCUCGCAAGCGGUCUCCAAAAGACAAGAGAAAAUCAGGAUCAUCAACAUCAUCGUCAUCUGAUGAAUAUGAUCCGACAGCAGAUGUCAGAAAGAAACCACCGAAACCAAGACAAAGAACAAAGAAACCAUCCGAUGGAAAGAGAAAAGAAAAACCAUCUAGUUCGUCGUCAUCAUCUGGAGAAGAUGGCAAAACUGCGCCGAUCGUUGUCACAAGAGACAAAAAAGAUAAAGAGAAACAUAUGUCUUCAAGCUCAUCAUCGUCAUCAGACGGCGAAAAAAAGAUAAUACCGGUUGUUGCAGCCAAAGACGCAGAAGCCAGGAAACCGUCAUCCUCCAGUUCAGAAUCUGAUGAUGAUGCAAAGAAACGAAGAAGUGAACUUAUAGUGGUAAAACCGAAGAGACAUCCAGGUGAAAGUUCUAGUUCGUCAUCGUCAGGCGAAGAUAAAGUAAUCGUUCCAGUGAUUGUGGGUAAAGACAAACAUGCGAAGAAAUCAUCUGAAUCGUCGUCUUCCGACUCUGAUUCUGAUGAAAAAGCAAAGCGACUUGGAGACGAUAUAUCGACACAAACAGCGGAUAUUCCCCCAACUCGAAAGAGAAGUAAGAGAAAGAAGAAAACCAAGAGUACACCUCCGACCUCUGCAAAAUAUCCAAUUGCUACACAGACAUCCAAAAUAUCUUCCUCGUCUUCAAGCUCUGAAUCGGGAGGCGAGGCAGACAAAAUCAAACGGAAGAAGAGAAGAUCGUCUGCUACCAGCUCAUCGUCGUCCAGUUCCGAUAAUUCUAUCAAACGAAAGCAAGAACUUUAUGUAUCACCAGUCAAAGCAUAUGACGUCACUGCUAAGAAAGCCCCAGAAAGUAGUAGCAGCAGCAGUGACGACGUGGAUCUUGGUAUUAAGGGCAAAGCAAUACCGGAUAUUACAUUUAUAUCAGCAUGGAAUCGUCCAGCCAAAUUACGAGAUUUAUAUGCAGCAGGAUUGGUUCCAGAUGAAACGUUAACAGGACUGCGCAAAGGUACUCUUCCAAAUAAAGACGCGGAGAUAAAACUAAAGCCAUAUCUUUGCGGAGAACAACCGGUUGCUGGAGUUUUGAUUUCAGAAACAGGAGAAAAACUCUCAAUUUACGAUGGCUGGAAGAGAGGUCUUCUUAAACAAGAAACAUGCAUGGCUUUAUUGGAAGCUCAGGUAGCAACCGGGAGAAUUGUUGAUCCUAAAACAGGAGCUCGUUAUUCGGUCGCAGAAGCUACAAAAGCAGGAGUAGUGGAUAAGCAACUUGAAGCUGUAUUGGCAAGGGACGAGAGAGCUGUGUGUGGAUACACUACCAAGUCAGAAUCCGAUGUUCUUUCAUUGUUCGAAGCUAUGAAGCGUGGGCAUAUACCUGAAUCACACGGAAUCCGUUUGUUGGAAGCGCAGCUCGCAACAGGAGGUAUUAUUGAUCCUAAAGUGAAUCACCGUUUGCCUUUGGAUGUGGCGUAUAAGCGUGGAUUGCUUGAUAAAAAGACAUCAAACAUGUUGGAUUAUCCUGAAAAUAGGAGUGAAGCUGGAAGAGAUGUAGCACGAGCCUACUCUGACCCGAACACCGGAGACAACAUCACGUAUUUGGAACUCAUGGGAAGGUGCGUCAAAGAUGCAGACACAGGAAUGCGAUUACUACCUUUAUACGCCCGUCGCUCAGCAUGGGAAGAUACUGAACCCAAGGUAUUUCUUAACUCCGCAUAA